AUGUCUCCGUACGGUGGAACAAUCUCCAAACCCGAGCGGACAGGCGGCCCGCUCGUUCCGCGCACGUACAAGCUCGCCAACUCGCAGGCGCUCACCGUCUUCCCCGUCUCGCGCGAGACCGUUCCCAACGAGCUGCUCGCCUACCUCCAGGGCGUGUUCAAUGAUGUCGUAGAGGAGGGCAGGACGUAUCCGCAGAUGAGCCCGCUCAGUCUCGACGAGUUUGCUGCCUACUUCUUCGCCGCGGACUGCUUCAUCGGCAUCCUCGACGCUGCGCCAGCAGACCUAGGCGACGCCUCAGCUGGAAUGGAUCGGGACGAGAGCUUGCAGCUGGAGAGCGUCGUUGCGGGGCGGGAAUGGAGGGACUGCGUGCUGGGAAUGUACUAUGUCAAGCCCAACUACCCUGGACGAUCCUCACAUCUCUGCAACGGCGGCUUUGUCGUCCCGACCGUCCACCGCGGCCUACGAGUCGGCUCGACCCUCGGUCGCUCCUACCUGCACUACGCGCCCUUACUCGGCUACCGCGGCUCGGUUUUCAACCUCGUCUACGUCUCGAACGUUGCGAGCGUCAAGAUCUGGGAUGGCCUGGGCUUCCAGCGGGCAGGGUUGAUCCCCGGUGCGGGCAAGUUAAAGGGCAAGGAUGGCGCGGAGGACGAGUACGUCGACGCGAUCGUCUACAACUACCAAUUCGUCAAAUAG